AUGGUUUCUUCCCCACCAUUUUAUUCAUACCUAGCUAUCAUUUCUCUCUGUGUUUCAUUCAUCGUAGCCCAAAAUGAUGGGUUCACUGUCAAACUAUUUCGAAAAUCUUCUUCGAAAUAUAUCCCAAAUAUUGUACAAGCACCUAUACAUGCUCAUAUUGGGCAGCAUCUCAUGGAGGUGUAUUUUGGAACUCCACCAAUAAAAAUAUCUGGUAUUACAGACACAGGAAGUGACCUUAUAUGGACCAAUUGUGUACCCUGUGAUGGGUGCUACAAACAAAUCAACCCUUUGUUUGAUCCUCAAAAAUCUUCCUCUUAUAGUAAUGUCGCAUGUGAUUCUUCCGAGUGUAACAGCCUUUACUCACACGAGUGUUCUCCUGAGAACCAAUGUAGUUACAACUAUGGCUAUGCGGAUAAUUCUGUUACUCAAGGAGUUCUUGCACAAGAAACAGUUACCUUAACAUCCAACACAGAUGAACCGGUUGACCUUAAAAACAUUCUUAUUGGUUGCGGACAUAACGACACGGGAACUUUCAAUGACCAUGAAAUGGGUAUAAUUGGUCUUGGAAGAGGACCUGUGUCACUCAUUUCCCAAAUAGGUCCUUUAUUUGGAGGAAAAAAGUUUUCUCAGUGUUUGGUUCCAUUUCACACUGAUAUUAAAAUUGCAAGCAAAAUGAGUUUUGGAACAGGUAGUGAAGUAUCAGGGGAAGGUGUGGUUACAACACCUAUGGUUACAACACAAGACCCAACAUCAUAUUUAGUUACAUUAAAAGGUAUUAGUGUGGAAGAUACCUAUUUACCUUAUAAUACUAAAAAGGGUAACAUAAUGAUUGAUUCAGGGACACCACCCAUUUAUUUACCUAAUGAUUUCUUUGAUAAAGUGGCUAGUGAAGUUAGAAAUAGGGUUUCAAUGGAACCUGUUACAGAUGAUCCAAGUUUAGGUACUCAACUUUGUUAUCAAACAAACACUAAUCUUGAUGGGCCAAAUCUAACAUUCCAUUUCGAAGAUGCAGAUAUAGUUUUAACACCAAUCCAAACCUUUAUUCCACCAAAAGAUGGUGUUUUCUGCUUGGCAAUAUAUAACCAAACUGAAGAGGUAGGAAUUUAUGGUAAUUUUGCACAAUCAAAUUACUUGAUUGGAUUUGAUAUAGAAAACGAGUUGAUUUCUUUCAAGCCUACAGAUUGCACCCAACAAUAG